AUGCAGGAGCACGAAAGCGACAUUGCCGAACGCAUUGCAGCAGCAAGGCGAGAAGCCGAGGCACUCAAGGAUCGAAUCAAGCUACGUAAAGAGGCACUUGCAGAUGCGACAUUGCAGGGAAUGGCUAAAGAGGUAGUGGAGAAUCUACCACGAUGCAACAUGAAGGCGAAACGUACAUUACGAGGACACCUUGCCAAAGUGUAUGCUGUUGGAUGGAGUAGCGACCGACGGCAUGUUGUAUCAGCAGCCCAGGAUGGCAAAUUGAUUAUGUGGGAUGCAUACUCUGGACACAAGACCAAUGCGAUAGUGUUACGAUCUUCCUGGGUGAUGGCGUGUACGUAUUCUCCUUCGAGUGAUCUUGUUGCAAGUGGUGGUCUUGAUAAUGUAUGCUCGAUUCAUCAUGCUCGUGAUCGUGAUGCUCGUCCCAUCCGAGAAUUGGCGGGUCAUACGGGAUUUCUCAGCUGCUGUUGUUUCAUUGAUGAUCGUCACCUUAUCACUGCCUCCGGAGACAAGACUUUGAUGCUUUGGGAUGUGGAUGCUGGUGUAUGCCUGGAAGAAUAUAGAGAUCAUUCGAGCGGUGUUAUGAGCGUGUCAAUCCAUCCGAGUAAUAAUCAAAUGUUUGUGAGUGGAUCAUGUGACGCUACUGCCAAGGUGUGGGAUAGACGAACUCCCAAGAGAAGUAUCCAAACCUUUGUUGGCCAUGAAGGAGAUAUCAAUGCUGUACAAUUCUUUCCUGGUGGUGAUGCCUUUGCAACUGGCUCUGACGAUGCAACAUGUGCUUUAUAUGACAUACGAGCGGAUGCACAGCUGGCUUCUUUCCAAGAUGGAUCUAUCAAGGAUGGCAUUACUUCGAUUGACUUUUCCGUUUCAGGAAGGCUUUUAUUCAGUGGAUGCAAUGACUUUAAUUGCCAUGUAUGGGAUAUUCUCAAGGGCGAGCGCAUUGGCAUAUUGAAUGGUCACGAAAAUAGAAUAUCGUGUUUAAAAGUGGCACCAGAUGGAAUGGCGUUAUGCACCGGUAGUUGGGAUGCGACUAUGCGUAUCUGGGCAUGA